GAACGCGCGCCAAACAACAGAGUGAUUGCUCCAACCGACCCGACACAGCAUUUUCCUCGCCGCGUAAGAGGUUUUUGAGAAUCAGAAGAAGAUAUCACACCGCGUUUUCUGGCAGAAACUGUUGCAUAUGUACCUGCGCAGUCAACAUCUCUGCCCUUAGCCAGAACCGUGUAUCCUUCGAGUCACUUUCAUAUCUGAAUUGAGCAUACGACCGCACACACCUGAGACACACAUUGUUUCGACCAAGGCGUCUAGUACGUUACAAAUCCGAUAGCUGAUACACGUGCGGUCACAAACAUGGGAAACCAAAUAUCCAAAAUGAUGGGCAAGAUCUUCGGAUCGAGGGAGAUGCGACUGCUCAUGCUGGGCCUUGAUGCUGCAGGCAAGACAACCAUUCUAUACAAACUCAAGCUCAAUCAGGAUGUCACCACGAUUCCUACGGUCGGCUUCAACGUGGAAACUGUGACGUAUAAGAAUGUCAAGUUCAAUGUGUGGGAUGUGGGUGGACAGGACAAGAUCAGACCGCUUUGGCGACAUUAUUUCUCGGGAACACAAGGUCUGAUCUUCGUGGUUGACUCGAACGAUCGCGCCCGGAUAGACGAGGCCCGGCAAGAGCUGCACAGGAUCAUCCUUGACCGAGAAAUGAAAGAGGCACUCUUGCUCGUAUUCGCCAACAAACAAGAUAUUCCCGGCUCUAUGACUCCGACCGAGGUUACGGAGAAGCUGAGGCUGGCGCAAUUGAAGGACCGAAUAUGGUAUGUGGUGCCCAGCUGUGCCACUACUGGAGAAGGUCUGCUUGAAGGACUGAGUUGGCUCUCGACCAAUGUGAAACAACAACCACGGACGGCAGCAGCCAAAUGAAGGGCAUCUGUACUGUUACCCCCUGCUUGACCACGAGAAAGCUUGUAGGCUUCCUUGAUCAAGUCUCUUGAUGGUUCGCGAAGGAAAGCACCUCGUUGACUACGAUACCAAUUU